AUGUUUAUAGGGAGACAGAGAGAGUCCGCAUUGCCACUUGACUGCUCCAAGAACAAACGCAAUUCCGACUACAAGCUGCCUCUAGACGUCCUCCCCCCAAAGGUGCUCAAUUGUGUUUUUAAGUACCUCGACAUACCCGAUUUGCGAUCUCUUGCCUGUCUGGGGGACCCCUUCUCCACGGCAACAAGACCCUUAAUCUACCGGUCCAUAGUGUACUCAGAGAAAAUAGACGAGAGAGUCGACACGAAGAUCUGCAAUCACAACAGAUACCUGCACCUGGUGUACACACUCAUCGAGAACCCGGAAUGGGCCAAAUAUGUGUAUCACGUCAGACUGGAAGAUCCAAUCAGACAAAGGGGCAAAAUAUGGACUGUCAAACUGGACGAGGUGCUCCGCGAAGACGAGCUACGGCUGAUGGAGGGCUUGGCCAACAAGACACUGCUGGACUCGUUGGUUUGCCUUAUGGAUCUCGCAACAAAUUUGCAGUCGCUGCAUGUGCCGACACUAACCAUCAAACAGCUGUCGCUGCUGAAUUUGUCGUCUGUUAAGGAGUUGACAAUUUCGAUCGGCGAAGUAGACACCAUUGACGACUUUGUUGGUAUUGACUUGCGGAACCUCACCAGUUUCUGCAUUCUUUUUGAGAAAAACACAGAUUCGCUUCUCGCCAAGCUGUCCAAGCAUCUACAAGAAGCUGGUGUCCUGGAGAAACUUGAGGUCCUUGAGCUCAAUUACCAGCAACGAGAGUUCAAUGAGUCGCUCUCUUCAACCUGGUACGCUUUCUUCCAUCCCCAUGUCGAACAGGUUCUACCAAACCUACGAAAAUUGGUUCUGGACCAUUGUCAGAUCGGCAGCAAGCACGAGUUUUUUUCCAGACGGUUGGUUCAGACCGUUCCGCUAGAACAACUAGAAUCGCUCACGCUCGGAGUUUACGAGUCGUCGCACAAAGGCUUGAAACACGGCUCCGAAACACAUCCAACAUUUCUCAAUCACAUCGCUCCGCAGUUCCAUAGCCUACGCCGCCUAAUUCUUAAACCUUCAGGAAACUGUCUUCUGUGCCAGGUGAGGUCCGUCAUAAGCUUUCUUCAUUGUUAUCCUCAUCUACACGAGUUAUGUCUCUUUACAAACACGCUGAAUUCCAUGAACCGCCAGGAUCUCGCCGCAGCGCUGGCGGGCUGCACAGAACUGCGCAAGCUUGCACUUUUUGACGAAGCGAUCCACAUGAAACUGGUCAACCAUCUCAAACGGUGGUUUAUCUACGAGAACCUGGUCAAGUUCAAGACGUACAAUCAUUUCGAGUGCGAGAUAUUGCAGCAGGUGGAAAAUCUGCAGUUCGAACGAUACGUCAGCACGUCGUUCGAGGCGUUUAACACAGCUAACUCGAGCCUCAUGAUACUUUUCUGGCGAACGUUCCUGCCACACGUCAAGGCCGACACCCUGGUGAGGGGCCUGAGCGCGGACGAGUUCAAACUGUAUGGCUACAACUUCCGGACCCACCGCGACCAAAAUCUGAUCCAGAUAUACACCGGUUCUAAAUUUGGAUACCGAAAUCUGCUCUACUACUAA